AUGUCAGUACAACAACAAUUAUACACAUUCUAUCUAUCUAUCUAUCUAUCUAUCUAUCUAUCUAUCUAUCUAUCUAUCUAUCUAUUACAACAACAAUUAUACACAUUCUAUCUAUCUAUCUAUCUAUCUAUCUAUCUAUCUAUCUAUCUAUGUCUAACUAAACUUAUUUUGGACAUCACUUAUGUCAGUACAACAACAAUUAUACACAUUCUAUCUAUCUAUCUAUCUAUCUAUCUAUCUAUCUAUCUAUCUAUCUAUCUAUGUCUAACUAAACUUAUUUUGGAGUCACAUUACAAAUAUAAAAAUCUUUUUCAUUAUAUUUUUAUUGAUAUAGCAUCACUUAUGUCAGUACAACAACAAUUAUACAUUCUAUCUAUCUAUCUAUCUAUCUAUCUAUCUAUCUAUCUAUCUAUCUAUCUAUCUUAUUUUUACAACAACAAUUAUACAUUCAUAUCUAUCUAUCUAUCUAUCUAUCUAUCUAUCUAUCUAUCUAUCUAUCUAUCUAUCAUCACUUAUGUCAGUACAACAACAAUUAUAAAUCUAUCUAUCUAUCUAUCUAUCUAUCUAUCUAUCUAUCUAUCUAUGUCUAGCUAA